AAUUAACCAAAAAUUCCAAUUGUGACAGAGCAAACGAAUAUGUGUGGAAGUUGUGUUUUUUCGAAAAAUUCAUUUUUCUUUCAAAAAUUCAAUGAAAUUCGUCUAUUUUAUGAAAAAAAUAAACAAUUUGGAUCCUAGAAGAAUCUUAUUAAUAAUCAGUGCUGUUAAUAAUAAAAGUUAUAAAUAAUGAAUGUGAAUACAAAUUCAGGGGAAGGCAGUGAUAAACGUCAACCUGAAGCGACAGUACAAACAAUUGCUCAGAAUUUAACAACAAUACAAACAGUGCAAAGCACACAAAAUGUUAUACAAAGUAAUAUACAAACAAUUCAAUCGACACAGGCAAUAAUUGGCAAUGUUGGACAAUCUGGAACAAUUGUUGGAAAAUCAGUUUCACUUGAUCUUAAUCAAAAAUUGUCCAUUGCAAAAACUGGUAUACCAUCGAAUAUUGUCUCGUCGACAGAUUCAAAUAAAUUGACGACAACUUUGAUGAGCCCUCUUCGCAUAAUAAGUCCAAAUAUGAUAAGCAAUGUUGAACGUCAAUCACAGCCGCCAAUUCAAGAGCAACAGCAGCAAAUUGUGACGAGCAUUCCAGCGACUUAUCACGUUCCUCGUGGUCCAGCUGCUGUGGCAAAUAUCUCAUCGCCAAGAGCAACUGUCGCGACUCCCAUUGUUAGAUCGACUACAGGUCAAACUGUACCAAUAUCACGACCACCCGGAUUAAGUACAACAGUUGCCAGUCAACAGUGGCCGGCAAAAACGCCAUAUUUAUAUGUUCCACCGCAAAGACAUCCAAAUUUACCAAUUGUACAACGAGUAACGAGACCAAUAAUGGCGACAACAGUUUAUAGCGGUGGUCAACAACCACGUAUUGUUACUCCAACACCAGGUCGUCCGAUUCAGGCAGUUCAGGCAGCGGUUGUCACUGCAGUUCCUGGUGUUUCAGGUGCACCCUGUAGACUACGUGCUCCGGUUCUUCAAACGAAUAAUAAUAUUGUGCCAAGAAUAAAUGUGCCUCAAGCGAGGCCAACAACACCACAGGAAAGUGUUGCGCAAAUUUCACAAGUACCAAGAACAAUUCCCCAACCAAUUCAGUUGACACAAACAACGAGGACUCUAACAACAGCGACAACAGUGAGUCGUAUUGCUGUAACGGCGCCUGUUAUUGGUGCUCCGAGCAGAAUAACAAGCGUCGCUUCUGUUCAGCCAGUUAUCAAUAGACAAGUAACAGUCAGUACAACUCCUGUAACUACAAAUGUUCCCGCCACCGUCAGCCGUAUUGUUCUUCCUCAACAACAGCCAACAAUACCGCGAGUUGUUCAAACUGUUGCGUCUGUCUCAACACUUGGACAAGUUUCACGUGUAAUAACAACAGCGGCAAAUACAUCGAAUGUAACGAGAGUUACACAACCUGGCCCAACGUCCGUUGCAAGAAUCACUGGAAUUUCAAUGCAUCCAUUACCAUUGACACCAACGCGCACAACAUCGGCAACAAUUAAAACAACACCAGUAUUAAAUGUCACACAAACAUUACAACCAAAACAAGCAAUUCAACAAUCAACAUUGAGAAUUGUUACAACUGGUGCUACUAGUUCCUCGACAAAUAGCACAAUUGUCACCAAUACUCCUCCACCCGUUCUAGCUACUUAUUCGCAAUACCGACCAGCAACUGUGCAACCCGUGAGACUUUUGGUUGAAUCAGGAUACGAGGAACCUCAACACAAACCAAAUGCAUCGCCGAGGCCAAGUAUUUUAAGAAAACGUGAUCAUGACAAUUCACCAGCUAAAGGAGUAGCGAAAAAUUUGACACCAGUUCUAGCAAAUUUACCGUUAACAAACGCGACAUGCAACAGUCCACCGGGUUCGCCGCGAAUUGAUCGCGAUGCAGGCGGUUGUCAAAGUUCAGGAUCAACGACUGUAUCGGCAACAUCAUCACCAGGACUUGACGAUGAACUUGAACAAACGCGUAUCAAUAUGAAUAUCAAUAUGAAUUUAAAUCUUAAUCUUGGUGGUACAACUGUGGAAAUGUCACCACGAAAAAAACCACGUAAACAACAAUUGUCAAGUGUUGAAUUAACUGAAUCGCGUGGCACCGAUGAGGAAAUGCAAUUUAUAACCGAGGAGAAAAUUAAAAAGGAAAAAGAAGAAAAAGAAAAGGAACGCGAUAAAAAUGCAAGUGAAAAGAAAAUUAAUUUCCCAGUUAAACAGGAAUCGGAAGCAACGCCCGUACGAACACGACCUACUCCCAGUUUGUUAGGAUCAUCUUGGAAAAAUAGAUGGGGUGGAAGAUUACAUCAUUAUAGAAGGCCAAGCGAUGUGAGACCAAGGGAGGAAAGAAGACCGACUGUUGCCGAAUUGGCGCAACAAAAGCAAGUUAUACAAAAAUUAAAUGGAUGGAAAAUUUAUCAUCUUAGUGCGCAAAUGGAGGAUCUCGCAGAAAUAGAGAAAGAAGUGCAUGAUAAAUUAAAAUCAACACUCGCAAUAUUGGAAUCGCAACAAAAUGUUCGAGGCAGACAGGACGAUGGAAUUGAAAGAGCAAAUGAAUUAAUAAAAGGCAACAUGCAGAGAAGUAGUUUAAUAAGCGAAGGUAUGAAUGAGGCACGAACGCAAUUGGUUGCAAUUUUUCAACAUCAAGGACAUGUACGCGGAAUUUUGGAACGUUGUGGUAAUAAACGAGCCCAGAAAAAACGCGACAAAUAAAGAAACAAAAAAAAAUAAAAAAGAAUAAAAUACAGAAAAAUAGAAAAACGGAAACAGACUGAAUGGAAGAAAAAAAGAAGUGUGAAUGAAUGCUUUUGAGAAAAAAAAGGUCGUAUUUCUUAUCUAUCAGAAUCUAUAUAUAUAUAUAUAAAUAUAUAUUAAAAAAAAAAUCUUAAAGAUUAAUAAACAAUUUUGUAAGUUUCACUAA